GCCAAAAUGGAAGAUGGUCCUGUUUUCUAUGGCUUUAAAAACAUUUUUCUUACAAUGUUUGCUACCUUUUUUUUCUUCAAGCUUCUAAUUAAAGUUUUUUUGGCUCUCCUCACCCAUUUCUAUAUCGUCAAAGGAAAUAGAAAAGAAGCGGCUAGGAUAGCAGAAGAGAUCUAUGGUGGAAUUUCAGACUGCUGGGCUGAUCGAUCCCCACUUCAUGAAGCUGCGGCCCAGGGGCGCUUACUGGCCCUUAAAACUUUAAUUGCACAAGGCGUCAACGUCAACCUCGUGACAAUUAACCGGGUCUCUUCCCUCCAUGAGGCGUGCCUUGGCGGUCACGUGGCCUGUGCGAAAGCCUUAUUGGAAAAUGGUGCACACGUCAAUGGAGUGACGGUUCAUGGAGCCACGCCCCUCUUCAACGCUUGUUGCAGUGGCAGCGCGGCAUGCGUCAACGUGCUGCUGGAGUUCGGAGCCAAGGCCCAGCUCGAGGUGCACCUGGCUUCACCCAUCCAUGAGGCAGUGAAGAGAGGUCACAGAGAGUGCAUGGAGAUUCUGCUGGCAAAUAAUGUUAACAUUGACCAAGAGGUGCCUCAGCUGGGAACACCCCUGUAUGUAGCCUGCACUUACCAGAGGGUAGACUGUGUGAAGAAGCUUCUGGAAUUAGGAGCCAGUGUUGACCACGGCCAAUGGCUGGACACGCCUCUCCAUGCUGCGGCACGGCAGUCCAAUGUGGAGGUCAUCCACCUGCUAACUGACUAUGGGGCUAACGUGAAACUCAGAAACGCACAGGGCAACAGUGCACUGGAUCUGGCAGCUCCAAAAAGCGGUGUGGAGCAGGCGCUCCUGCUCCGUGAAGGACCGCCUGCUCUUUCUCAGCUCUGUCGCCUGUGUGUCCGGAAGUGCUUGGGCCGAGCAUGUCAUCAAGUCAUCUACCAGCUACGUCUACCAGAGCCACUGGAAAGAUUCCUCCUAUACCAAUAGUUCCAACUACCCAGGGGCAGUUACUUCAAAAUAAGAGGCUUGCUGUUGCUGUACCCAGGGUACUUAGUGUAGGUAUCCAACAGCUUGAUUCUCAGUAUCUUCCAAUGCGUUCAGCCAGUAGGAGUAGAUCCCCAUGAAAUGGAACAUGUGGGGAGUGGUAACUCCUGGUUAAUUUAACGUUUUCAUUAACCAAGGGACAACCAUAAACCUUUUAGUUUAAUCUCAUGUUAAUAAAUUUAAGAACACUGUGAAGUAGAGUGAAAAUAACAGGCUACUGUUUGGUGAUACAGCUUCCUCCGUGCCCAAGAGUCACUUUCCUGGACACCGCAUAGACACAUGGAAAUUCAAGUGGAUGAGAUUAUAAUGAAUAUUAAGUAGUCCAAGAUGUGUUUCUGAUUAA